UGGAGUCACCGCGCGUAUCUCGGAUCGGUGCGCUCCUCCAGGGGCUGGGAUGCGCACCGGGCACCUCUCGCUUCCUGUCGGGUUUCGGGUCUGCGCAGGAGUCAAGCGCUGCCCCAGGGCGCCGAGGCAGGAGGACCCAGUCGACCCGGAGCAGGAUGCCGGUGAUGAGAGGGCUGCUGGCCCCGCAAAACACCUUCCUGGACACCAUCGCCACCCGCUUCGAUGGCACCCACAGCAACUUUGUGUUGGGAAACGCCCAGGUGCAGUCGCUCUACCCCAUCGUCUACUGCUCCGACGGUUUCUGUGAGCUCACCGGAUACGCCCGCGCCGAGCUCAUGCAGAAGAGCUGCGCCUGUCACUUCCUGUACGGCCCCGAAACCAGUGACCGGUUAACGGCCCAGAUCCAGGGAGCCCUGGAUGACAGGAGGGAGUUCAAGACCGAGCUGGUCUUCUACAAGAAGGAAGGUACGCAGUUCUGGUGUCUUCUGGACAUUGUACCCAUCAAAAAUGAAAAGGGCGAGGUGGUUCUCUUCCUCGUGUCCCACAAAGACAUCACCGACAAGAAGAAGGACCAGGAUCCUGAGCAAGGACCUGACACAGAUGAGGAGACGGGUCUGGAGGUGCAUCAGGUAACCCGCCCUCCAGGCUUCAAUGCAAACCGGCGCCGCAGCAGAGCUGUUCUCUAUCACCUGUCGGGACACCUGCAGAAACAAGACAAGAGCAAGCUGAAGAUCAACAAUAACAUGUUCGGAGAAAAGCCUCCGAUCCCCGAGUACAAGGUAGCAGCCAUCCAGAAGUCUCGCUUCAUCCUGCUCCACUACGGUACCUUCAAGGCCGGCUGGGAUUGGUUGAUCCUGCUGGCGACCUUCUACGUGGCCGUCACCGUGCCCUAUAACGUGUGUUUCACGGUGGUGGGAGGGCGGGACGAGGGGAGCAGCACCGCGCCGCGAAGCCCGCCCAGCGUCAGCGACAUCCUCGUAGAGAUCCUGUUUAUUUUAGACAUACUGCUGAACUUUCGAACCACCUUUGUGAGCACGUCGGGUCAGGUCGUGUACGACGCCCGCUCCAUCUGCGUCCACUACGUCACCACCUGGCUCUUUGUCGACCUCAUCGCCGCCCUGCCCUUUGACCUGCUGUACGCUUUCAACGUCAGCGUGUAUUUCGGGGUCCACCUGCUGAAGACGGUGCGGCUGCUGCGGCUGCUGCGGCUGCUGCAGAAGCUGGAGCGUUACUCCCAGUACAGCGCUGUGGUUCUCACGCUGCUGAUGUCCAUGUUCGCCCUGCUGGCCCACUGGAUGGCCUGCGUCUGGUACUUCAUCGGCCGCAAGGAGAUCGAAAGCCCCGGCUCCUGGGAUAUUGGUUGGCUCCAUGAGCUGGCCAAACGUCUGGGGACCCCCUACUUCCUGCCGCCCUUGAGCACGCUGGUCCCCGCCACCGUCAGCAGCGUCCCGGCCAACAGCAGCCAGUGGAACGUGUCGGGGUCAGAGGUCGGGGGCCAGGGCUCCUGGAACUCCAGCCAGUAUUAUGGGAACAUGUCUGGAGGCGACGCCGUGUCGGGGACGGGCACCGCCGGCGGCAGUGGGAGUUACGGAGUGCUGAGUGGCGGCCCAUCGAUGCGCAGCAGCUACGUGACGUCGCUGUACUUCGCUCUGAGCAGCCUCACCAGCGUGGGGUUUGGAAACGUGUCAGCCAACACGGACUCAGAGAAGAUCUUCUCCAUCUGCACCAUGCUCAUAGGAGCGCUGAUGCACGCCGUGGUGUUUGGCAACGUGACAGCCAUCAUCCAGAGGAUGUACUCGCGCCGCUCGCUCUACCACACCCGCACCAAGGACCUCAAGGACUUCAUCAGGGUCCAUCGGCUGCCCAAGGCCUUGGAGCAGCGCAUGCUGGAGUGUUUCCAGACCACGUGGUCCGUCAACAACGGGAUCGACGUCAGUGAGCUACUGAAGGACUUCCCGGACGAGCUGAGGGCCGACAUCGCCAUGCACCUGAACAAGGAGCUGCUCCAGCUGCCCCUGUUCGAGUCGGCCAGCCGGGGCUGCCUGCGCUCCCUCUCCCUCAUCAUCAAGACCUCCUUCUGCGCCCCGGGCGAGUUUCUCAUCCGGCAGGGGGACGCCCUGCAGGCCAUCUACUUCGUGUGCUCGGGGUCCAUGGAGGUCCUGAAGGACAACACUGUGCUGGCCAUACUGGGGAAAGGAGAUCUGAUUGGGUCGGACUCCCUCACAAAGGAGCAGGUGAUUAAAACCAACGCCAACGUCAAAGCUUUGACCUACUGCGACCUACAAUACAUCAGCCUCAAGGGCCUCCGCGAGGUCCUCCGACUCUACCCCGAGUACGCCCAGAAGUUCAUCAGCGAGAUCCAGCACGACCUCACGUACAACCUGCGAGAAGGCCACGGGGCCGACGUGGACUGGGAGAGCAACGGCGGCUUGGUGAAGAAGCUGCCGUCCAUCCGUGAGGACGAGGAGGGCGACGAGGAGCAGAACUCGGUGUCCAGAGCUCCUCGCUCCCCGCUGCGUCUCAGCAGGGGGCUCAACUCGCCGCUGCGCUCCCCUCUGCUGCCACCCAGACCCUUCAGAGCGCCCUCCGAGCACUCCCGCCCCACCACCCUGCAGAUACCGGUGGUCAGCUUCAGCAGCGCGCCGCCUGAACUGAGCCCCAGAUUCGUGGACGGCAUAGAAACGGAGAGCAACUCCACGUCCUCACAGAAGUUUGAGUUCAGUCCCAGCAUUUCACCUGCAGCACCACCCUCCCCGUACCCAGGGAUCCGGGAGCACUCUGAGAUCAAGCAGAGUGUGUCUAAACUGACUGAGGAGAUGAACAGUCUCUCUAAACAAGUGUGCAAGCUCAGUCAGGAGCUGCAGGAAAUGACACGCCUGCUUAAGCCCCUCCUCCAAACGGCGCCACAGCCAAUCCUGAUGACCAUGAUGCCAAAUCUACCAAAUCUAACCCCGCCUCCGAGCAGCGCCAGCCAGCUGUCGACGAGCACCUGCCUGGUGCUGCCGCCCCCCACGCCGUGUUCCCUGCAGAGACCGGACACUCGCUCCCUGUUGGACAGCGGGGACAUUGAGGGGGCGGAUUUGCCCGGUUGCCUUCUCCCGACUCCUCAUUCACCGAAACGGCCUAACUCAGCGUCGCCGCAGCUCCCGUCCAAACCGCCGGGGUGUGACGUCAAGCCCCCCGCCCCCUCCGACCUCCCCUCCCCAGAGGAAGGACUCCCCGAGGGCCUCCGGAGCCUCCACGCCUCCUCCAGUAACGGCAUCUUUUUGCCCUCGCUGCAGGACCAGCCUCCUCUGGCGUCCCACACCCCGUCACCCUCUUUGUCCUUCUCCAUGUCUCUCUGCUCCUCACCGUCCCUGUCCCCCUGCCAAGGCCCACAUCCGUCCCGACCCGGCAGCUGCACCAGCAGAGGCCUGCUCCCCCCGCCUCCCUCCCAGGACACCCCUCCUCCCCCGCCGUCCCACUGCUCGGCUCCUCCGUCCCUGACAUCCUCGCCCGGGGACCACCGGCUGAGGCUUCCCGUCCCUCUCGUCCCUCCCGCUGUCUCCCUCCAACCCUCCACCGUCUCCUUGCCCGUGUCUUUGGACUCCAUCGCUGCACGCAGGAGGCCGGGAGACACGCAGACUUGGUGUAACUCGCAGCUGCGCCGCGGGGACGCCAGAGCGGUCACGCGCCCCCAGGAGAUGGAGAUGCAGGAGUGGGGACGACAGGUGGAGGACAGGAAGUCGUCCACGGAGCACAUCAGCUUCAUCGAUGAGGAGGAGCCGGCGUUAUGAACGAACUGAGCGAGGGAGGACAAAAGCUGGAGGAAAAACGGGAUCAGCGGAGAUCAGAUCAGGGAACCUGAUGCAUGAGGGGAUGACGGGAAAACGGACGGCUGGUCCAUGUCACACGGGACGGAAAUGCUCAAAGGACGGACAGGAAACACACCUGGAAGGCCGAGACGCAGCACCAGCCGUGAGCGGGUCCGUGUGGAGGACAGAGCUGCAGCACUGAGCAAAAACCUCAGGCCGUCUCAACCUGUCACUGUAACAAAGUUAUGAAGAUCAGACACAUUUAUCUCAGUCUCUUCACGAAAAUACUGCUAAAAUAUAAAAAUACGACACAACGCGCUCCCUCAUGGCUCAGCUUUCUGGCACUGGGAGCUGAAUCGUAUGAACCUUUCGGGGAAACGCAUUUCUUCAUUUGGCUCUAUUACAAAUGAAGUGUUAAUUAUAAUUAAUUAUUAUAUCACCACAUCAAAACACACAUUGUGCAUUUUUCAAGGUACAGAA